GAGGGACUAACGACAAAGCAGCGCCGAGAGGCCGCCGCUCAGCCGGCCACACUCACCUACGCCGCCACCCACGAUUCUGUUUGCGGAAACGGCGGCUCCGCGCCACGCGAGUCUUGUUACGUCACUUCCGGGGGCGCGCGGUCACGUGUCGGGACGUCCCGGAGGGGAGCGUCGUGUCCUCCGCGCCGGAACUACGAGUCCCGACGUGCCGCGCGCGGCGGCGUGCAGAGAAGCAGCUCGGCGCGAGCGGCGGAGCGCAUUGGUGGUGGGCGCGGCUGGCGGCCGGGGGCGUGGGGCCGAGCGUCCGCCGGAGCGCCGCGGGUACGCCGGCCUGACUCGCGCUCCGCCAGGUGGCUGGGCCGAGGACACUCGCGACCUUCGAGGAGCUGCGGCCAGGCUGUGCGGCGGGAGCGGCGACCGCGGUCCUGAGUAAUCCUAUGUAAUUUUGUGUUUGGCCAUGAAGUUCAGAAUAUAGAAGACAUAAUGGGAAAACUCUAUGUGGAAAUAAUACAGCAGGAAUGUCACAGCCCUGGCUAUCAUUCCAGAAGAGGGUGCUCAACUUUUGAGGGGAUAUAGGCAAUUCUAGCCUCUGUAAGAAGCUGAAAUCCAUCACCAUCAUUCAAAAUGCAAUGGAAUGUACCACGUACUGUGUCUCGGCUGGCACAGAGGACAUGCUUGGAACCACAGAAAACUGGUCUCUUUGGACACCGUCAGAACAUAAAGGGACCGUUACUUUUGAAUAAUGCUGAAUUCAGAGUAUUUUGGGUUCAAGAUCCUCAGAAGCAGUGGCUGCACUUACCUACUGCCCAGUGCCUUGCCAAGGAGAGGAAAUCAUCGGGUGCUCAGGGACCCCGGCAGGUCCUUUGCCACAAGCAGUGGGAACAGGUGGUUUUGUCCAGAAGGGUUUUCUCAUCUAGUGCCACAGACAAAGGGAUUCCUUCAGAAAAAAAAGAAGAGCUUGAUCCUUUACAAGACAAAUCUAUUAGUCUUUAUCAGCGAUUUAAGAGAACAUUUAGGCAAUAUGGGAAAGUUUUGAUUCCUGUGCAUCUAAUAACUUCUGGUAUUUGGUUUGGAGCAUUUUAUUAUGCAGCCAUAAAAGGAGUGAACGUCAUUCCUUUCCUGGAGCUCCUUGGGUUACCCGACAGCGUAGUGAACAUCCUGAAAAAUUCCCAGAGUGGAAAUGCUCUGACGGCAUAUGCCAUGUUCAAGAUUGCAACACCUGCGCGCUACACAGUGACCUUGGGAGGAACGUCCUUUACUGUGAAGUAUUUGCGCAGUCGAGGCUACAUGUCCACACCACCACCUGUCAAGGAGUAUCUGCAAGACAGGAUGGAAGAGACCAAGGAGCUCAUCACAGAGAAAAUGGAAGAGACCAAGGAUAGACUCACUGAAAAACUACAGGAAACCAAAGGAAAAGUUUCUUUUAAGAAAAAAGUGGAAUAGGGUGCCUUAUAUAACAAAUUAUAGAAAGUUCCUUCACUUUAACCCUCUGGAGACUUUGGGCAAAGAUACAUGCUUCUGAUUAUUUUUUGAUUAGUUGCCUAAGUAGACCAGUUCUCUGAGGGUUAAAGAACUAAAAUACCUUUUUAAAGUUAAAUAUCCUAUAAAAAUCAGUGUUUUUUGAGAGGAAGAAAUGAGCCCAGUAUAGGAAUCAGUAGCAUCAGUAAACCAUGGCUACUGGCUUAGAAUCCAGGGUUCUUUUCCUAGCUCUUCAGGAUCUCUUUGCUUCAUGUUCUCCAGUGUAUGCAGACGAGACUGUUGACUUCUUGGAUAACUGCAGCCUGUAGGCGGAAAGCUAACACUGGGUCUUAGUCUUCGUGAUAUUCAUUGAGGUUUUAACUGUAUUCAGUUCUCCGUGGAGACAGGCUUGCACCUGUGAAUAGGAGGGUGUUAGUCUUUCUAUGAAAAAGAUAUAAAGUUACCUAUUAGCUAUAAAAUAUAGAACUUCUAUGAAGAAAGUGGAAUAAAAAUUGAAUCUUGUAUAUAAAUAAGAUGUAUCAAUUACAUAUAAAUGAACAGUGGACCCUUUCGAGAUGAUUUUUACCCAAAGCUUGUCAAAAUCACAUUUUUUAAGCAAAUAUAUAGCCAAAAUGCUUUUUCAAAACUGGGUGUUGGUUGUGGUCACCUAGAAUUUCACCUUCCAGUGAAUCACUUCCUAUCUUCUUUACCUAGUCUUUCAAGGAAAAGUGAAGGUUUUACUAGUUUAUUGUUCAAAUCAUAUGUUCUUCAACAGCAACUCAGGCUCAUGAUUCCCAAAGAAGGAGAGAUUUGGGAGACCACAGGUAGUGCCAGGCUGCUAUGGAGAUAGCACUGUCCCUGGGUCAGCAAGGGCCUCUUCCCAGGAAGCUGAUGUGGAUUCCCAAUAUCUUAGUCUCAGAGCCAGUGUUGAUUUCAUGAUGGGGUGAGUCUUAAAGUUGUGGCUGCCACUUUUUCUCACAUUGGAGGGAAAUACCCUUGCUUUAUUUAGUGUUCUGCUUGAUUGUUUCAGAGCAAAUCUAUCACUGUCAUUAAAUUCUUUGCUUAGAAUGAAAUCCAGCAGUUAUCUAGAAACUGUGAUUUGGGGGUGUACUUGGGUAUGUGGGCGUGUUUCCUUUUUUUCAUAUUUUUUAAUUGUAGAUGGGCACAAUAGCUUUAUUUUAUUUAUUUAUUUUUAUGGGUGCUGAGGAUUGAACCCAGUACCUCACACAUACUGGGCAAACACUCCUCCAGUGAGCUACAGCCCCAGCCCCUGUGGUUCCCUUUUAUACUAACAACUGCUUCAGUGGAUUGGUAGGAGAGGAGGAAGUGGCCCUUUCAGAGGCCGGCAUGAGAGACUGCCUCAUGGCUGUCCUGCACAAUCCCUGCUGUUUGGCAGGAUUUUCCUCUCAAAUGUCAAGUUUAGAAAAUAGUUCAAAGGACAAAAAUGUUUACAUUGGGCCCCUCUGAUCGCCACACAGGCGCUCCUUCAGUGACUGCUGUGGUUGGAAUCUUCUCUGUGGGAAUGGGUGUGGCGGAGGCACAUGGUGCGUCUGCUCUGCUGGUGGGAGUGCAGUGCGCUGCCUCAGGUUGAUGGUGCGGUGUCAGAUUUAAAUGUGGUCACACAGUGAGCAUGUCCCUUAAAUAACUGAGAUAUGGAAUUCCAAGAUAGUGACAAAUUUCUCAUUUCUUUUUGUCUACCUGAGACAGCCUGGGUUAAACUCUGGUGUUACGUGCAGUUUGUACUCUGAAGAUGGUUUCUUUUUUACCUUUCACAUUGCACAGGGUAUAUUAAUUAUGGGGAUAAGUUGUGGGGUUUUAGAUGUUAUUGAUGAUUCUGAGACUAAAAUUUGCUUUUCCUGAGUAGGUGUCUUUUAUUUAGCCUGUUUAGGUUUUGAAACCAUCCAUCUUCAUAAUUAAGUUUAUUUAGAUGCAGAAAAUCAGAUACUGCUUAGGGAUGCUUUGAAGGUAUCUGGUAAAAUAAUUCUCUGAAGAUUUGGGAAGUUCAACAUGUUAUCACUAUUUGGCAUCAGGAGUGAUAUAAAAAUGUUGUUGUCAGUGUGUUGUUAACCUAGUCCUUAAGGCUUAGAGGGGGCCUCUGGUAUACUGAGUUUAUAGUAUUGUUGAUAGCAGGCCAGCAGAUUAUGGUGAGGUGCCAAGGUAACUUACCUAAUGUGUAAAAUACUUAGUUUGCUGUGUAUAACGAGCCUCUUCUCAUUUGCAGGGGGCCUCGUGCUCAGGUUCAUUCACCUGUGGCUGCCGUGAGCCCGGAGAGGCCAAGCAGCCGGUGUCUGUGUGCCAUCCACACUCACGAGGAACUAGCCAGCAUAAGGUGGGCGGAAGGGCUUGCUUAGUGAAUUAGUAAUCAAAAUUUAAAACAGAUUAGGUAAGAGACUUAAUUUAUUCAAGAAUAAAAGUACAACCAACCUUUAAAAAAGUGCCGCAUCAGAAAACGCCCAUUACUGAGACAGCCUUUUGCUAUGACAGAAUGCCGUGUGGAUUUCAACAGGAGAAAAGGAAUGCCUGUAUUGAGAUGACCUUCCUCCCAGUAGUGAAAAUAAUAAAAUUUUGCCUUCAAAUGUCACCAUGAGUUUAUUAGUUGCUACAGAAUGCACGUACGCUCGCUUAUAAAGGGAGGACUGGUCCCUUAUGCUCAGGAUGAGGUGGAGCUGUUGGCUCUCCGCCUCAGUAACUUAGAAGUACUGCUAGGAGUUGUAAACCUCUGUGUUGGAAGGAGAGAAGAAGCUGUGUGCUGGGCAUGUUGAGCCCUCUCUGUUCUCUGCGCUGGGUACACACCAUCUUUGGGCUACUUUGGAAGAUGAUAAUGGUCACUAAAUAGGCAGAAUGUGAUUUUAACAAAUGAAGCAGGGACAAAAGAGUUCAUCUCCUGUUUUUUCUAAAAAUAAUUUCUAGAAAAUGUUUUUGUAAGGUAUAUAUGCAUUUCUCAAUUAUCGAAGGCUUCCUUCUGGGGAAGAACUUGUCAUGGAAACAUAGCCACAUCUCUCCUGAUGACUGUGAUUCCCUGUUGAAACUAAGACCUUUAUUUCAGGUUUUCAAAACUGAUUCUAUUAACUAGGCCUCAAAUAAGAUCUAAAUGUGACUGUUUUAGUCAGCUUUUUCACUGCUGUGACUUAAAGGUCUGACCAGAACAGUUUUAGGGGAGAAAAAGUUUGAGGACUCACGGUUUCAGUCCACGGACAGCGGGCUUCAUUCCUUGCAGCUGGAGGUGAGGCAGAACAUCGUGCUGGAAGAGUGUGGCAGAGGGAAGCAGCUCGCAUGAUGAUCAGGAAGCAGAGAGCGAGCAGUCUCCACUUGCCUGAUACAAUAUGUAUCCCAAAGCCAUGCCCCCAAUUCCCUCCUCCUCCAGCUACACCCCACCCUUAAGGGACCACCCAGUUAAUCCCCAUCAGG